UCCUAACGCUAAAUCGAGAUGGAUUCACAGCAUCUUCUAGUUUCCUUUCUUCUGCUUCUCUUCACUUUCAACUCCUUUCAGAUGAUAGCAUAUGGAAGUCAACCAUCGGCGAAAUUAUACAUUGUAUACCUUGGAGAGAGGAGGCACGAAGAUCCAAAUCUUGUGACUGCAUCACACCAUGACUUGUUGUCUUCUAUACUUGGAAGUAAGGAAGAAGCUCUGAGCUCAAUUGUUUACAGUUAUAGACAUGGCUUUUCAGGCUUUGCAGCCAUGCUUACAUAUUCCCAAGCUCUACAAAUUGGAGAAUUACCGGAAGUGAUUAGUAUAAAGGUAAGUGGCAGUGUUGAACUGCAUACAACACGAAGUUGGGACUAUCUUGGACUAAGCUAUGGCCAACACCAACCCUCGGGUCUGCUUCAAAGAGGCAAGUUUGGCGAAGAUAUCAUUAUCGGAGUUGUCGACUCAGGCAUUUGGCCAGAAUCAAAGAGUUUUAACGACUAUGGUUAUGGACCGAUACCUUCUCGUUGGAAAGGCACGUGUCAAACAGGUCAAAACUUCACCAUGAACAAUUGCAAUCGAAAGAUCAUCGGUGCAAGAUGGUACACCGGAGGCAUCGACGCUUCCAAUCUCAACGUCGACUACAAAUCUCCCCGAGACUUUAAUGGCCAUGGCACACACACAGCUUCCACCGCAGCAGGUUCAUUCGUGUCCAACACGAGCUUUCAUGGCCUUGGUGUUGGCACAGCAAGAGGCGGCGCUCCUCAUGCUCGGCUAGCUAUAUACAAGGCGUUAUGGGGUCGCCUUGGUAAAGGUUCAGAUGCUUCCGUGCUCAAGGCUAUCGAUGAUGCCGUGCAUGAUGGUGUCGACAUCUUGUCACUUUCACUCGGUGGUAGAUUUUUACCAUCUUUUGUCACAAUACAUGCUGUAGCAAAGGGGAUAACAGUGGUCUUCUCAGCGGGCAAUGAUGGUCCGCUUCCUCAAACCAUUAGCAAUGAGCUUCCAUGGGUGAUUACGGUCGGAGCCAGCACAAUGGACCGCUCUUUUCCUACGAUUAUCACACUCGGAAACAAUCAAAAGCUGGUGGGCCAGUCAUUGUAUUAUACAUCCAAUGAUGGAUCUAAUUCUACAGAAUUAAUUCUAAUUGAAAGUUGUUCAACUGUUGAGUUGAAUACCACAGAUAUAGCAGGAAAGAUUGCAGUGUGCGCUGAUUCUUUAUAUGCUCCGGGAGACAUUCCUUCUGGUGCUGCUGUUGCCGUUGGCAGUUUCUCCAAAAUAGUAAUUAGCUUGAUAGAAGCUCAGGCAGAAGGUGUUAUCUUUUCUCGAUCCCCAGUCAGCCUGCUCCAAGUUGCUGAGAAAUUUAUCUAUGUCCUUGUAGACAGUGACGUAAUGCUACAAAUAGUGGAAUAUAUAGGAUUAAGUGACACAUCUUCUCCGACGGCCUUGAUAAGCCCAGCUUACAAUAUCGUAGGGAGUAGAGUGAUGUCUCCCAGGGUUGCAGCUUUCUCCUCGAGGGGACCAAGUUUAGACUAUCCGGAUCUUAUAAAGCCGGAUAUCACAGCUCCCGGAGUAAGUAUUUUAGCUGCAAAGGCUGAUGCAUAUAUUUUUGAUUCUGGAACUUCGAUGUCAUGCCCUCAUGUUUCCGGAGUAGCAGCUCUUCUCAAAGCAGCACAUCCAGAAUGGUCUCCCGCUGCUAUUAAAUCCGCACUCGUAACUACCGCUUACACGACCAACGCAUAUGGCUUCCCUAUCGAAGCGGAUGGAGUUCCUAGAAAGCUCGCUGAUCCUUUCGACUUCGGUGGUGGUCACAUCAAUCCUAACAGAGCUUUGGAUCCGGGACUAAUUUACGACAUUGAUCCAAAUGAUUACUUCAAGUUCUUUAACUGCACUAACGAUGCAUCAAACUGUGCCUUGGUGGAUUCUCAUUUGUAUCACUUGAAUCUGCCCUCCGUAUCCAUUUCUGAUCUCAAAUCAUCUGUCACAAUAAAGAGAACUGUCACGAACGUAGGCAACACAAAUACUAUAUACAGAGCAAUAGUAGAAUCACCUCCGGGUGUUAAGAUUAGUGUGGAGCCCUCGGUCCUCAAGUUCAAUGCUUUCAACAAGGUACAGACUUUUGCUCUAACAUUCACCUCGCUGCAUGCGGUGCAAGGAGACUUCAACUUCGGAAGCUUGACCUGGUGUGAUGGGGAAAAGCACUUGGUGCGAAUUCCUUUAGCCGUUCGAGUUACUAUACAAGAUUACUUCUCGGACACCUCCUAAUUAAGUAGUGAAUUGUGUUUGAUAGUUAAUAAAUCACAAUGACAUAUUAGGUCAUUAAACACUACUAUAAGUUUGACUAAAUAAAUUAAAGACAUAUAUAAAGUUGUCAGAUUUGAAGGCUAUCUUAUUGUGAACUAAUUUUGGAUCGAUAUAUGAUGUAUGAAUAAAAUAAGCCUCCAGGGUUGGUUUAGUUUA